AUGAAGACAGAGAAGGAGGCUCCUUCAAAAGCUAAAAUAAUUUCCCAGAUUGUAAUGCUUGUGUAUCUCGGUUUCUUCAAUUCAGGUGGGGUACUGGCAGUGAAUAUAACCAUCCCCAACACUCUCAUUAGAGGUGCAGUCGGGGGCGAGGCCUUGCUAUCUGUCAGCUAUAGUAGCUUUAGCCUCGACCUGCCGGUCAUUAAGUGGCAGCUCAAGAGGGAAAAGUCUGUCACUGUUGUCCAGUCGAUUGGAACUGACAUCAUUGGGACCUUGAGGCCUGAGUAUCGUGACCGCAUCCUGGUAUUUGAAAAUGGGACUCUGCUUCUCCACAACCUUAUUCUCUCUGAUGACGGAACUUAUGACGUGGAGAUCUCCAUCACAGAUGACACCUUCACAGGAGAGGGCAGCAUCACGCUCACUGUGGAUGAGUCGAUAUCCAGGCCCUAUAUCCACAUGGAAGGUUCAUCAGUACUGGAGCGCAGCGAAAACGUCAUCCUCAACUGCUCCCAUGACAACGGGACCAGGACUGCAUACAGGUGGUUCAAAGGUGGGAAGCCACUGACCAAUGUGACGAGAUACCUGUUGUCACCCGACCAAAAGCUCUUGACCAUCGCACGGGUGUUGAUGGCAGAUGAUGACAUCUAUAGCUGCACAGUGGAGAAUCCUGUGGGCAAUAUGACAAGCCUGCCAAUCAGACUGACCGUCUACAGAAGAAGUUCCCUCUAUAUCAUCCUUACCACUGGGGCCAUAUUCCUCCUCAUCACCUUGGUGACAGUGUGUGCCUGCUGGACGCCUUCCAAAAAGCGAAGACAUCCAGCUACAAAGCCUCUCUCCAGCGUUUAUGAACCGUUUGAUUGCUCACCAAUCAUUCAAACAGCCGAUGUGCUUCCAAAAAGGACAGAGCAUAAUGGAAUCAAUGCUAUAACUACACUUUACAUCCUGCAGCAAAAGGAUCCCUCAAUGGACGACUCAUCCAGCAACAGUCUUGGAUCUCCUUCUUCUGAACUUGACAACCCUCCGUGCUGCAACAGUUACCCCAACGACACAGAAUCUCGGACCCAGUCUAAUGGAUUCCCUGCCCACUCGUCCCACAGGUGUACCUGAAAGCCCAUCAGCUUAAACGCUCCUCUCGAGCAGCAGGUGGGAGGUCAGUCCUGUGUGCUGCUCCUGACACUGGCUGGCAACUCCUUGCACAUCGGCCCAGAGUUUGGGAGAUCGGUUUCAGGAUCUGGGGUUUUACAAUAAUGUUGAUAUGAUUUUAUGAAAGUAAACUGUAACUUAAAUAUAGGUUGCUUAAAGUCAAAGUCAAGCACAGCAUUUACUAUAAAGGCUGUGUGACUUCAGACAAGUUGAAGUCUCUAUUUCAGUUUACCAUUAAACGCCAUUAUUGUUGUUGGUUACAACAACAAUAAUGUUGUUGGAACUACAAAAUCAAACAUUUUGGAACGGGCACAGAGCCGGCAUGAAGCUGAGGUGGGGUAAGAAAGAUGCAACGAUACAUGUAUAAUUAUACUGUUCUUAUGCUCAAUUCAAAAUCAUCACCAAACAACAUGGUUCUUUUUUUUUUAAGAUUAAGAAAUUACAGAUAAUGUGGUUUUAAAGAAAAUAAAUCACCCUCAGAAAUGC